AAUCUAAUCACGGACUAGAAUGAGGCGAAAUCCUUUAAGCUUUAUAUCUGUAAAUACUUUCUCUCCCUCAUUUUCACAACCCUCUCUCUCUCUCUCUCUCUCUCUCUGAAGAAAUCUUUCCCUGCACCCUCUAUCUCUCUCACUAUCCUUGAAGAAAUCCCUAGCCUCCACGCCAUUCGCAACACCACCCUUGAAGACUCGAAAUUGUGGUUCACAAGAAAAGCUCGUGAAACCCUAGCAUGUAGUAGGCACUGUUUGGCGCAAUUGGUGAUUGCUCAGUAGUAUUACAUCGCUUCCUUUGUCAUCCACUUCAGACGGCUCCCUUUUGUUCUUGUUGUGCUACUUCUCAAAUCCAAGCAUCAGCAGAAGAACAAGUUUAAAUGGCUGAGGGAAUUGGUUUCUCCUGUUUGGGGAAAGCUCUGGGGGGCAUUGGAGAGUACUUGGUUGCUCCGAUCUGCCGACAGUUUGGUUAUCUGUUUCGCUUCAACGCCAACAUUCAAAAUCUUGAGACUCAAUUGGACAGCCUAAAAGUAACAAGAGAAGGGGUUCAACUAGGGGUGGAUGAAACACGCAACAAUGUCAGAACCGUUGGACCUCAUCUUGAGGCAUGGCUGACUAAAGCCAAUGACAACACAGCAGAGGCAGAGACAAUUAUUAAAGACAAGGCCCAAGUUCAAAAGGGGUGUUUCAAUGGGUGGUGUCCAAAUCUCAAGUUGCGUUACUCACUGAGCAGGAAAGCCGUGAAGAAGACUCAAGAACUUGCUCUUCUCCAUGGUGAGGGUAGCAACUACACUCAGUCGUCCUACAAUCCACCACCACCAAGCAUAGAACCUAUACCUACAACAACAAAAUUCCAGGGGUUUGAUUCUCGAAUUCUGGUCAUGAACGAGAUCAUUGAGGCUUUGAAAGAUGAUGGGAUCCACUUGAUUGGGAUAUGUGGGAUGGGCGGAAUGGGCAAGACAACAAUGGCAGAAGAAGUUGCAAAAAGAACCAAAAAUCUCUUCAAUGAAUUUCCAAUGGCAGUUGUCGGCCAAGAGCCAGACCUAACUAAGGUUCAAGGGUGCAUUGCAGACAUGUUGGGUCUCAAACUUGAUGACAGGGAGAGCCCGAUAGCAAGAGCAUGUCUCCUACGCAAGAGACUUCUGCUAGACAAUAAGAAAAUUCUUGUCACAUUGGAUGACAUCUGGGAAGAAUUUGAUCUAGAGAAGUUGGGAUUUCCUUUGGAAGGAGGCAGCAACAAGAGUUGUAAGAUCCUUUUCACUACACGAAAUCGAAAUAUGUGGAAAGGAAUACAAAAUAAAAGGUAUAUCCAACUUGAAGUCCUAGUGGGUAAAGAACCAUGGCAUCUCUUUAGAGAGAAGGUAGGCAAUUGUGCAGACGACCUUGAUCUGCUACCACUAGCAAAACAGAUUGUAAAUGAAUGUGGAGGUUUACCACUUGCCCUCAUAACUAUCGGAAGGGCUCUUACAAAUGAACACAACCAACAUCAUUGGAAUAAUGCGCUUCAACAACUAAGAACCCCUUGUUUAGAAAGUUUGUCGUCAGAAGUGCCUGCAAAAGUGUAUCAAGCUCUAUAUUUUAGUUACAAUUUUCUACAAGAUGAGAGAGCCAAGAAGCUGUUUCUGCUCUGUUGCUUGUUUCCAGAAGACUAUGAAAUUCCUAUUGAGGAUUUGGUUAGAUACGGAAUUGGAUUGCGGUGGUUUGAAGGCAUCGACAAAGUGGAUGAAGUAAGAGAUCGAGUGAAUGUCUUAGUUGAUCAACUUAGAAGUUGUUAUUUAUUGUUGGAUGGUCAUCGCGAGUUCCUAAUAAAAAUGCACGAUGUAGUGCGCGAUGUCGCCAUAUCAAUUGCGGCUAAAGAUAAGCAUGGUUUUGUGAUAAUCCAUGGUGCCAAAUCGAGAGAGUGGCCAAAGAAGCCGACAUAUGAGCUUAACACUUCCAUUUCGGUGAUAUCAAGUGAAAUUAAAGAGUUUCCAGGAGGAUUGAGAUGCUCAAAACUUGAGUUUUUACUAAUACGAUGCCAGAAUAGUUUGCUAAAAAUACCAAGCAAUUUUUUUGAGGGCAUGGGGGAACUCAAAGUUUUGGACCUGAGCAUCCCGAUAAACAUCUCGUUACUGCCGUCAUCACUGCAAUUCUUGAGAAACCUGUUGACAUUGCAUCUUGAUGACAGUCAGAAUUUCGAUAAUAUAUCUGUAAUUGGAAAGCUAUUGAAUCUGGAAAUCCUCACCUUUCGUCAAUCCCACAUUGAGGAGUUACCUGAGGAAAUAGGAGGACUGGUUAAUUUAAAGUUGUUAGAUCUGACAAGUUGUCAUAAACUUAAAAGAAUAGCACCUGGUGUCAUAUCAGCCCUAGUUCAAUUACAAGAGUUGUACAUGACUGGCUGCGAAAUCAUUUGGGAACGAGAAGGCAAGGAAGGAGGAGAAAAUACGAGCUUUAGAGAGUUUGAAUCCUUGUCCAAUUUGAAUACUUUAGAGAUUACUAUAGAAGACGUCGUGUGUUUGCCAAGAAUCCCAUUGUUUAGCAAAUUGACAAAAUACUCAAUUAUCAUAGGUUAUGAUGCCAGCUCUUUUUUUUCUGAAGAAUACAUAACUAGGUUCCGAAGGCUUUUUAUUCUCAGACUUCAUGACACGUGUACUACCCCGUUAGAAUGUGGUGGGAUCAAUUCGUUGUUAAGGAGUAGUGCAGUUCUAGAGUUACAGGGGGAGGGUUCAAAAGAUGCAGUGCAAGAGUUGUUUCGAGAGGGAGUUGAAGGACUCCAACACUUGAAGGAACUACGUAUUUAUGAUUGUGCUACACCAGAAUAUCUUGUCAAUACAAUGGAAUGGGUCCCGCAUACACCUAAUGCUAUUCCUCCUAUUUUUCCUAUCCUGGAGAAAUUAGAGCUCGUUGAUCUACCCAAUUUAAGAAAGAUAUGUCACUGCCAACUUCCAACCGGCACUUCUGGAAAACUAAAACAUCUUCAAAUCAUGAAUUGUGAUAGAUUGGAAGAAGUUAUCUGGAAGGAAAAAGGAGAAGAUGAUGUAACAAACAAGAUGGAGUUUCCAGUGUUAGAAUGCAUGAUCUUGGAGAAUCUACCAAUGCUCAUUGGCUUUUGCAGAGGGACUGACGAGAUUAAGUUCCCUCAACUGAAGAAAUUGCGUCUUCGGAAACUACCACAACUCAAGUGGCUCUUCCUCAAUAGCAGUAAUCCGUAUUCAGAGUCAAUGGAAAACCACAAUGCUACCUUCCUAUCUCUUUUCCCCCACAAGGUUUCACUACCUAGCUUGGAGCGACUAGAACUCAACGAUCUUGACAAUCUGGAAGGGCUAGAACACAUUCCAAUCUCAGUGGGUUCCUUUUCAAAGAGAGAUCCCAUUGGAUUUAAGUACAUUUCACAAUUAAGUAUCCUACGUGUUCAUGACUGUAAUAAAUUGAGAUAUCUAUUCCCACAUUCCACGAUGAAGUGUAUGUUACAACUCCAAGAAUUGGACAUACGUAAAUGUAAAAUGAUGUCAAGGAUUGUUGCAGAUGAGAAAGGGCAGGGCAAAAGCUCGGUGGAUAAAAUUGAGUUCACUCAAUUGAAAAUUUUGCAACUUUAUGAUCUACCGAACCUUGAGAGUUUCUUCCCCAAAGUGAUUGCUACUUCGGCUACAUCAACGGAACGCGUCCAAAAUGUCAUGCGAACUCUAUUCAAUGAGAAGGUUGCAUUCCCUAGCUUGGAGGAAUUGAAACUGGAUAGAUUUCGGAACAUGAACGAAAUAUGGUGCAAUCAACUUCAGACCGGCUCGUUCAACAAACUAUUUAGCCUGGAUGUCUCAGAUUGUGACAGUUUGAGAAAUAUGUUCUCUCCUUUUAUGGCCAGACAUCUUGUGCAUCUAAAAAGGCUAGUCAUAAUUAGAUGCUCGAUGAUGGAAGAAGUAGUUGCAACGGAGGAAGAAGAAGGAGGAAGGAUAAACAGAACUCCAUUGCCUAAAUUGGAGUAUUUGGAACUCAAAGAUCUACCAGAGCUCAAGAGUUUUUGCCACGUUACUCAUGAUUGGGAAUUGCCUUUGGUAGAACACAUCACUAUCCUUAAAUGCCCUAAAUUGAAGACCUUCUCUCCUGGAGUCAUAUGCACCCCAAAGUUGCAACGUGUAUUUGUGAAGGACCAAAAGUACGCGCGGUUUAUAGGCGUAAAAGAAGAAGACUGGCUAUGGAUAAGUGACCUUAAUCAAACCAUACUGCACCUAAUUGAAAAGUAACAAGAAGAAUAAUUGCAAAAGCAGCAACAGGAAGGAAAAAAUGAAGAAACUUGUGAGACUUCUGAACGUGCUACAAUUGCAAAAGCAGCAACAGUGUAUCAUCAUUCAGUUUCAUUUUGAUGAACGUGCUACGAUUUUUAUUUUCUUUCAUUACAUUGGUUAUACUGCUGAACUUUUAAAUUAAAAUUCUAUUUAUGAACACAUAAUUAUUUA